UAUGUAAUAGGUUGAAAGAACAUGGGAUAUGCUUAAACCUUCUGCAAGAGCUUAAGUAUCAUUAAAUCCAAUAAGAAAUUGGGUUGAACAUGUAGUACCUUAAGUUGAAAGAGAAGGAAAAUAAGAAGGAAGACCAGAAAAAAAGAUUGUUUUUCUUCUUGGAGAUCCAACAGCUUAUCCAAAAUUCUAAACUCCAAAUGAAUACAAAGAUAUUGUAGCAAAUUGUGUUGGGAAAAUAGAUGGUUAUACAGAUUUUUUUGGUGACUUUAAAGUUAGAACAUAAUUAGCAGAAAUGUUAUCGUCACAUCAUAGAAAAUUAGAAGCAGAUGAUAUAAUUCUUGCUAGUGGUGGAAGUGGAGCUCUCUUUUAUGCCACUUUGGCAUUAGCAAAACCUGGAGAUAAGAUAUUAAUGCCUAGACCAACAUUUCCAUUGGUAAAAGCAUUUGCAGAUUUCUAUGGAAUUUAAGUUGUAUUUUAUGACUUAAAUCCAGGAACUUGGUAAGUAAAUAUCUUAGAAUUGGAAUACAUCUAUGAGUAGAAUCCAGAUAUUAAAUUUAUUUUAGUCAAUUCUCCAAGUAAUCCUAUGGGAAGUGAAUUAAGUCCAUAAGCUUUGACAGAAAUUGUUAACUGUAAAAAUAUAUUUUUAGAUUUAUAUUAGUUUGUGAAAGACAUAAUAAUCUUCCAAUAGUGAGUGAUGAAAUAUAUGAGAAUAUGAUAUUUGAAAAGAGAGAGUUUAAAUUUAUUUCUGAUUAUACUAAAAGUGUUCCAGUUUUAAGAUGUUCAGGUUUAACCAAAAAAUGUCUUGUUCCAGGUUGGAGAUUAGGAUGGUUAGCAUUAUACGGAGAAGGAGAGACUUUUAAAUAAGUUAAAUAAGCCCUAAGAAAUAUUACUAAUAUUUUAUUGAUGCCAAAUACUAUAUGUUAGUCAGCCCUAUGUGAUGUCUAUAAAAUGAGUUUAGAUAUUAUUCCAUAAAAAAUGGAGGAACUUCAUUCCAGAUAUAAGGCAUUACAUCAUGGACUACAUGAUGCUUAUGGAAUUAGUGUUGGAGAAACCAAAGGAGCUAUGUAUUCAACUUUGAUUAUUAAUACUGAAGAGUUUUCAGAUAUUAAUUCAUCUAAUGAUUUUGCUAAGAAACUAUAAUAAGAAUAGAAUGUGUUAGUUUUUCCUGGUGAGUUAUUUUAUGGAGAUAAGUUUGUUAGAUUGGUUAUUUGUUGUGAUCUAGAAAUUAUUGAAGAAGCUUGUAAAAGAAUUAAAAAGUUUUGUUUAGAUCAUAAGAAAUAAUGA